AUGUCUUCGUCAAAGUCGAGCAAGAAUGGCAAAAUCACCGAUUCUCGGUUCUCCAACUUCGAGACCGACCCUCGCUUCCGUCUGCCUUCCAAGAAGCAGACCAAGACCACAAUUGACAAGCGAUUCUCGCGCAUGCUGAAGGACGAAUCCUUUACAUCCACCUCAAAGGUCGACCGAUACGGCAGAAAAGUCAAGUCCGACGCCAAGAAGAAGGCCCUGCAGCGGCUGUACGAGCCGGAAGAUGGGGACCAGGAGGAAGCCCAGGAGGACGGCAUGGAGGUCGACGCCGACGACAUUGUCGAGCGGGAGCUGGCAAAGGCCAAUGCCAAGUACGACCCUGCGCGCGGCGGCGGAUUCUCAGAGUCCGAGUCCGAGUCCGAGUCGGAAUCCGAAGACGACAACGACUCGGAAGAAGAGGCUGCGGCCGCGUCUGACCCCAAGGCGUCCAUGUCUCGCCUUCACGACGAACAGGCCGAGGUCGAGGAUGGCGAAGUCACGAACAGGAUAGCGAUUGUCAACCUCGACUGGGACAACAUCAAGUCGGCCGAUCUGUUUGCACUCUUCACCAGCUUCUUGCCUCCGACCGGCGGCCGAAUCGAAAAGGUCUCGGUCUACCCCAGCGAGUUUGGCAAGGAACGCAUGCAGCGCGAGGAGCUCGAGGGCCCCCCGAAGGAGAUCUUCAAAAAGUCGGACGAUUCCGACGAGGAUAGUGAGGACAGUGAGGACGAGGACGAGGCGAUUAAGAAGGAACUGCUGGAGGAGGGAGAUGCCGAGGACUUUGACCACGAUGCGCUGCGCAAGUACCAGCUCGACCGCCUGCGCUACUUUUAUGCCGUCAUGACCGUCUCCGACAAGACGACGGCACAGAAGCUUUACGAGGCCACCGACGGCACCGAGUACCAGUCAUCGUCCAACUUCCUCGACUUGCGGUUCAUCCCCGAUGAUGUCACAUUCGACGACGAGCCCAGAGACGAGUGCACCAAGAUGCCCGAAGGAUACAAGCCUGUCGAGUUCACCACCGACGCUCUGCAACACUCCAAGGUCAAGCUGACGUGGGACGUCAAUCCCGACGACGCCGCGCGCAAGGCCUCCAUCAACCGAGCUUUCACCGGUAGCCGCUCACAGCUCGAAGAAAACGAUCUCAAGGCAUAUCUGGCCAGCGACAGCGAGGACGAUGGCGAUUCGUUUGCUGGCUUUGACGAUGAGGAGAAGCAAGAGGAGGAGGAUGCGGCUGCCGAGCCCAAGCUCUCCAAAAAGGAGCUCGCCCGUCGGAAGAUGAGAGAAGCACUGGGUCUGGGCGCCGAGGAGGAGAAGAAGUCCAAGAACGGCCCCGUCGGAGAGAUGGAGAUCACAUUCACGCCCGCCCUGACGGAAAGCAAGAAGGACAAGAAGCCGGAAGAAGAGGAGACGACGAUCGAGAAGUACAAGCGCAAGGAGCGCGAGCGCAAAGAGCGGAAGCGUGAGGCGGCCCGCGCCAGACGCGAGGGCGGCGUUGCAGGCGCCGCCCAAAAUGGCGCCGAGCCUGCGGAGGACAGCGAAGAGGAGGUCGGCGCCGCGGGCGAGGACCUCGGCUUCGACGACCCCUUCUUCACGACCGAGGAGCCAGCGGCUGUUGCCAAGAGCAAGACGUCGGUGCGCAAGGAGGAGCGCCUCGCGAAGCGCGCGGCGCGCGAGGCCGAAGAGAAGGAAAAGGCGGCGCAGAAGGCGCAGCUGCAGCUCCUAAUGGCGGACGAGAACGACAGCGAGCAGGCGGCGCACCUGGACCACUUCGACAUGAACGAGAUCCUGAAGGCGGAGAAGCUCAAAAAGAAGAAGGGCAAGGCGGCCAAGAAGCUGGCGGCCAAGAGGGCGGCCGAGGACGACGACGACGGCAAGGUCGGGCUGCAGGAGGACUUCAAGAUGGACGUUGACGACGAGCGGUUCAAGGCCGUGUUCGAGAGCCACGAGUACGCCAUCGACCCGUCGAACCCCAAGUUCAAGGGCACCGAGGCGAUGAAGAAGCUGCUCGAGGAAGGCCGCAAGAAGAGGAAGGCCGGCGGGGACGGGGACGACGAGCCGCCCGCCGAGAGAGACGGCAAGAAGGCGAAGAAGACCAAGGGGGACAAGAAGGCCGAGGACGACGAGCUGAGCAGGCUCGUCGCUUCGGUGAAGAAGAAGGCCGCCGGCAAGGCUGGGAAGAAAUAG